AUGCUGUUCCGCAAACGUAAACCUAAAAGUGACAAUGAAGUCAUCACCUUCGACGAACUUACCCGGUUUCCGAUCACUUUCUACAAGACCAUCGGCGAGGAUCUGUACUCCGACAGGGAUCCGAACGUGAUAAGGCGUUACCUGCUAAGGUUUUAUCUGGUGCUUGGGUUCCUCAACUUCAAUGCCUAUGUAGUGGGGGAAAUCGCGUACUUCAUAGUCCACAUCAUGUCGACGACUACUCUCUUGGAGGCCACUGCAGUGGCACCUUGCAUUGGCUUCAGCUUCAUGGCCGACUUUAAGCAGUUCGGACUGACAGUGAAUAGAAAACGAUUGGUCAGGUUGCUGGAUGAUCUGAAGGAGAUCUUUCCCCUAGAUGUAGAGGUGCAGCGAAAGUAUAACGUAUCGUUCUACAGGACACACAUGAACAGGGUCAUGACCCUGUUCACCAUCCUCUGCAUGACCUACACCUCGUCAUUUAGCUUUUAUCCAGCCAUCAAGUCGACCAUUAAGUACUACCUCAUGGGCUCGGAGAUUUUUGAGCGCAACUACGGAUUCCACAUUUUGUUUCCCUACGAUGCGGAAACGGAUCUGACGGUCUACUGGUUUUCCUACUGGGGAUUGGCUCAUUGUGCCUAUGUGGCCGGAGUUUCCUACGUCUGCGUGGAUCUCGUGCUGAUCGCAACCAUAACCCAGCUGACCAUGCACUUUAACUUUAUUGCGAAUGAUUUGGAGGCCUACGAAGGGGGCGAUCAUACGGAUGAAGAAAAUAUAAAAUACCUCCAAGACUUGGUGGUCUAUCAUGCCAGGGCGCUGGACCUUAGCGAGGAGGUUAACAACAUAUUUAGCUUCCUGAUCCUCUGGAACUUUAUUGCCGCCUCGCUGGUCAUUUGCUUCGCUGGCUUUCAGAUAACAGCCUCCAAUGUGGAGGACAUUGUGCUGUACUUCAUAUUUUUCUCGGCCUCGCUGGUUCAAGUUUUUGUGGUCUGCUACUAUGGCGAUGAAAUGAUAUCUUCAAGCUCUCGCAUUGGCCAUUCCGCCUUCAAUCAGAACUGGUUGCCGUGCAGCACCAAAUACAAACGCAUCCUGCAAUUUAUUAUCGCGCGCAGCCAGAAGCCCGCCUCUAUAAGACCGCCCACCUUUCCACCAAUAUCAUUUAAUACCUUUAUGAAGGUAAUCAGCAUGUCGUAUCAGUUUUUUGCACUGCUCCGCACCACGUAUUAUGGUUAA